UCGGCUGCACGUUGUCGGUUGAACAAGACGACCAGCAGCGAUGGACGAUCUGUUUGAUGCUGUGGAGGCGCUGGAGGUGUCGCCGGCACAGGACGCGCACGAGCAGGGCACGGCGGUCGGAAGAAGCCAAGGCUUUGUGGAAGGCAGGCAUGCCGGCAUUCAGACGGGGUUCUCCCUUGGCAUGGAGAUUGGCUUCUACCUCUCCUCCAUCGAGCAAUGGACCGCACAACGCCCAGACAUUUGCUCCACGAAGCGGUUUCAAGCUCACGCAGACAAAUUGAAAGCAGCGGUGGACAGAAUACAGAGACUGUCGGCUGGCGACGAGACCCUAGACGCCGCGCUCUCAGAUAUGCGCACCGCCUACACAAUGGUGUGCAACGUCCUGAAGAUCAAGCAGCCAUUCCGCAUGCAAGAAACAGAAAGCAGCCUCUCGUUCUGAACAGGU